AGAGGAAGAUGGCGGCAGACAGGCAGGCUGAGCUGUAGGCAACGCUUAACCAGGUUUAGCAGGCAGAUAAAACGAACGACUAAAGCGCCUGUAAUGCGGAUUCUCACCACUAUCCUUUAAUACUUUACUCCGAAGGAAAAAGGACACUAAUGGCGCUGCUGUACGGCUUGUUAUGGCGGGUCUUGCUGGUUCUGGUCCACGUCAACAGAGCGCUCGUCUCCUGGCUCCGUGUCCGGCUGCGGAGCUGGAAGGGCCGGCUGUGGGAGCGGGCGAUGGCCGCUCUGCUACUGCCUUUAGCCCUGGCUGGGUUAUCGGACCAUCAGAAGAAGUUAAAUCAUAACCCUGAUGCUAACGCUAACCCGGUAACUGGAAACCGCACUGCCAGUCGCCGGUCACGGUGGCUGUCUGACGGCAGGUCUCUGGAGAAGCUGCCGGUCCACGUCGGCCUAUUGGUAGCGGAAGAAGAGCCCAGCUAUACGGACAUAGCAAACCUGGUGGUCUGGUGCAUGGCUGUCGGUAUAUCGUAUGUCAGCGUCUAUGAUAAUCACGGUAUUCUUCGGAAGAACAACUCCCGCCUGCUGGAGGAGAUAGUAAGGCAGCAGCAGGACUUGCUGGGUGUAGACGGAUCCAAAUACAGUGUGGAGUUCCUGAGCAAUGGCAGUGAUAAACACCAGCAGCACGUGGUUUCCUGCAGGCCCGCAGUGAAAGUGUUGUCUCCAGAGGACGGGAAGCAGAGCAUUGUCCAGGCAGCGCAGCAGCUCUGUCGCUCUGUGGAGAACAAAGAGAGGAGCUCCAAAGACAUCAGCGUCUCCGUGCUGGACAUCCUGCUCCGAGAGUCCAGGAACAUCCCAGACCCUGAGCUGGUGGUGAAGUUUGGUCCUGUGGACAGCACACUGGGCUUCCUGCCCUGGCACAUCCGACUCACUGAAUUCAUCUCCCUGCCCUCCCACAGAAACGUCUCCUAUGAGGACCUGUUGGGUGCCCUGCAGCGGUACGGCGCCUGUCAGCAGAGGCUCGGCCAGUGACGAGCAGGCCGCCGUCAGCUUCUUCACGCAGGAACGAGUGUGGGCUGCGCAGUCAGAGGAGAGUUUGGACAGGCGGCGACCCCUCCACGCCUCGCCUCGCCGCGUCCCGCACUACUCCUCUCCCCAACUCUGUCCGUCUCCUGGAUCCCUAACAGACUAAGACAGCUCAAAGACGAGGAAACCGGGAGAAAUAGCCAGCAAGCUCACUUCCUGCCACCAGUUCUCGUCCUCUAAUAAACUCACAUUCCAGGACUUCUGGAAAAUGCUCUCCAAGCCAUCAGAGACACACACUGACACGAGAAGACUGUCUGUCUGCAGAGACUCGGUGUUCCACAGACCCUGUUCUGUCCUCUCGGACCCUCUGGCAUUCAGGCUCCAGCUGCUGUUUACUGCUGAAGAACAAAGAAGAAACCAGGCUUUGUGCCCAUCCUCUUGAGGCGUCCUGAGAAAGACAGCUGCAUUUUAGAAGCUCAGCUACCAACAGCACAUGAGCUGAACAGCGGAAGUUGAGCUUAGGGACAGAGUGCUUAAUAAUGUGUAAAUAUGAGAAAUUCUUGUGGCUGUGUGUUUGUCCCUGUGGCCUCCAGCUUGCAGUCAUGUGUUCAUGUGUUCAUGUGUAUUGUUGCUACAGAGGUUUGCUUAUGGCUCCUGUUAGACUGACCAAGCUCUGAAAUAAAGACAUGCACUGUC